CAGAUCGCAAAGAACUCGCAAUUCCAGUCUGCGGAGCAAUUUGCCACUUGUAUCGUUUUGACGCCGCGUGCCUAUAAAUUCUCAAGCUAAACUCUCUGUGCCGGGGUAAGACUUCAAAUCGUCCGUUUUUCCUCAAAAACGCGAAAGGCCUCUCGCGAUGCCCGUCUCCGCCCAAAACCGAUUUGAUGUUUGGGCUCUUGACAAAGUUGACUUGUCAACUUGGGAGCCCGUUCCGCCGUCUGUGCCCUGGCUUCUUAUUCAAUGGACGGUGAUGCAACACAUGGGCCUGACAACGGAAACGGUGAACUGUGACUUGAAUCAAAUACCAAAGAAAGAGCGCGCCCUGGUUGGCAUGAAGCGGACCAUUCUCAAGCUCUUCAAGUUCUCGCACACUGUACCCCAACGUACCCGAACUAUAUUCGAAAUCAUGCAGCUCGAGCUCUUAUUGGCUGUCGGAAAAUUGUAUACCCAUCCGGGAACGGGUUUGCUCUGCCUCGAUGCCUAUGUUCUGCCAUUCAUGUGGCACAAGGAGCGCCAUCUCGUCGGCCACGAGCCUGUCGGCUGGCUUCCUACGAUCAUGUACGAUCAUGAAAUUAGUGAAGCUGAGGCUGCACUGUGGCGGCGUGCCAUGCCAGCCUUCGCGGAACGCACUCGCUUCAAUUGGGACCACAAGCCUGACUGCGACUACGGGCACAACGGCACAUUCAUGUGUCCAGUCGAUGGCGAGCAUCAAGAUUCAUGCCUUUGUGAGUGUGGCGGGGGUGUCGACAUCGAGCAGCUCUCUCAAGUUGGCGGGCAUUGCUUUGCCAGUAUAAUCGAGUAGCCCACCGAUGAGCUAGGGCAUGUUCAAGUACAUUACUUCAGCAGCACUCAAACUUUUGGCUGCUGAGGGUCGCCAGUUUCUAGACCGUCGCGGGAACCCGUUGACGAAUCCGAGAGAGGCAAUUCCUCCAGAAAAAUAUCAUGUUCA